AUGCAAAAACUGAUGUGCAUUUCCUACUAUCCUCCUUGGCUCCGUCUCUCCUGCUCUCCUCAUUGGCUCAUCCGUCUUCUCCUGGCACCAGAACCAGCGCCACCAACAGGGGACAGCAACAGCUACUGCACCACCACCAGCAGCUCCAACGUUCGUGACAAGUGUGCGAAGAAACCAGUGGGGGUGGCAAGGAAAGAGGACAUACCAUUCAUAAAUUGUCAAGUCUGUGAAAAGUUGGCGUCGCAGCUAUAUCACCAAGUCCAAGCUAAACGAGCUGAGAUCUCGCCCAAAAAAAUCUCAGAAUAUCAAAUUAUUGAAAUUGCGGAGAAUGUUUGUAAUUUAAAGAAGCAGGAAGCUGAUUGGAUCCUGAAAAUUGAUAUUGUAGAGCAAGGUGAUAGAUUGGAGCUUGUUGAACAAGAUUCUGAAGGACAAUGCAGUUCAGAAUGCAAAACAAUAGAGCGGGCUUGUCAAGAGGUUUUGGGAUAUUCUGAUACUGAUGUUGCAGAAUACCUUUACAAAAACAAGCCAGACCUUGAUUCUUUGGUAAAUUUUAUCUGCAAGGACCUCACCAAAGCAUGCAGUAAAAAGCCACCACCAGUUCCUAAGGAUAGGACUCCUGGAGAACCUUUUAUUGCCAAGUCCUCCAAAGAGGCUGAAAUGGAUAAACUAUUAAAAUCCAUGGAGGGUAUGCCAGGAGCACCCAGCAUGAAAAUGUACUCGAGGGAAGACUUGAUGAACAUGAAAAAUAUGGGUGAUGAAGAUGCAGAAGACGAAGAUGAAGACGAGGAACCUGACUUUCCUUCAAAAUUGGGGAAAGUCUUGAGAGAAAAGGAUAGUAAGAAUUAUGAUUGGAAGCAAAGGAUCACCAAAGGAGUCUUAGAUGCAGGAGAGAAACUGAAAAAUCAUGCAAACAGAGUUUCAAAUCGGAUAAGACAGUGGUGGAGAGGCAAGAAAACAAUCUUGAAGAACAAGAGUUCGAAGUCCAAUAAAGCCGAGCUCUAG